AUGAAGAUCUUGCUUUUCUUGAUAACAAAACUAUAUUUAGGUAUGAUAAAGAUAUAUGUAGCCAUGAGUUCAUCUUAUAAAUUAGUGAAAUCUGAUAUAGUUACAACAGGAGCACAUACUUGGAUUGAUGAGACAUCUACAGCCUUAGCCACAACAGCUACAUUGUGCUAAUCUUUAAAACAACCUUACGUUACUGUAAGUAGUCAUUUGGCAAAAUCAAUAUCGAAUGAAUAUAUCGUUACGGACAAUGACCAUGAGAUAUAUAUUAAAGUAAUUGUAGCAGGAACUUGGACGGGGGAUUCUUUGGUAAUAAAAAGUGGUACAACAACACUAUUAUCACAACCUCUAACUACAGCUUCAUAAUUGAAUGAAAAUUAUUGUACAUUAUCUAAGUAAAAUUAUGAAAUUAAUGGAUAGUGUAAAAGUUUUGGUUUUAAAGGUCGUGGCAGCUAAAACAUCAUUAUUAACUAGUGGUUCAGAUAAAGCAUUGAAAUUGGUAAUUAGUAUACCAUCUCUGAAUGAUGCUGCAAAAAUAAAAACUUUAUAUGUAGGUCCAGUAUUAAUUUAUGAAAUUGGUAAUUCGGUUGCAACAACGAAUACAUAUAUAGCAAAUUAAGAGUACGAUUAUUUUACAUCAUCAUCAUAAAAUCCAAAUACAGUUUUAGGAAGUUUUAGUUAUACUUCAAUAAAUUCGAUAGCAUCUUAGAAAUAUGAUUUACUUACAUUUGGACUCUUAAACGCCAACUUUUUAAUUGGAGGAUAUAAAAGAUGGAAUAAUGGAAUAAUAACGUUUAGUUAGACAUUAUCAGUUCAUUAUAAGAUUAAAUUCAGUUUUUACGUUUAUACAUUUGAUACAACAACUAUAUUAACAUCAAGUAACUUAAUAAUUACAGUUAAUGGUGCAUCUGGUUCAGUUGUAGUUCCAAGCACUUCAAUUAGUAGAAUAUAGGCAGGUAAUCUCUAUGGAGAUAGUGGAACAGAUUCUGUUUAUUUUAUAGAAUAUGAAUUAGAUCAUGUUAAUACUAAUCUUUAAAUAACAAUUGAAUUAACAGAUACAAUAUAUCUGGGAAUAACAAACUUUUAUCUACUUUCAAAGAAUUGUCCUUAAUUUUGUUCUGCUUGUAGAACAGAAGGUACUUGUGAUGCCUGUUCUAGUAUUGAUAAUAGAAAUUAAGUCACUUGUUAAUGUAAUGAAUAAUACUACGAAGAUUUAGUCAAUUAUGUUUGCAAACGUAAGAACUUAUAUUAAUAUUUAUUAAGCCUGCGAUUAUAGAUGUGCUAAAUGUAUAUAUGAUCCAGCAGAAACAUUAGGAAAUUGUUUGUUAUGUAAAUAUGGUUUCAAUAUAAAUACUAAAUGUUCUACUUGUAUUCAUUCAUAUCAAUUUGAAAAUAAAAUUGCUGUAAAAUGUGAAAGUAUACAAGUCUUUCUACAUUCAUAGAUUGUUAACCAUGUUGUUUGACUUGUUCUGGUCCAACUGAUAAAGAUUGUAUCACAUUCAAAAAACCAUAUAUGAUCAUGCCUGAUAACCAAGCUGUAUUAAGUUGCCCUCCUAAUUCUUAUAUUGUAUAACAAACUCCAGAUAGAACUCUCUGUGUUAUGUGUGAUGUAAUCAUUUAAUCAUAUACAUUUCUUAGGUAAGUUGUAAAACUUGUGCUGAAACUCCCUCUAAAUGUACAAGUUGUUAUGAUGGUUCAGAUUUACUAUUCAAUCAAUGCUUAUUAUCAUGUCCUACUAAAACAUAUAGAUUAAAUAAAGAUUGCACUCCUUGUUAAGAUCCUUAAUGUGAAAUUUGUUCAGAAUCUUAAUGUCUGAUGUGUCUAGAAAAUAAAUUUAUGUCUAGAAUCUCAAAACUAUGUAUAUCUCCAUGUGAUACUGGAUAUUAUGGGGAUGGUCUUACAAGAUCAUGCAAAAAAUGUCAUCAAACAUGUAAGGAAUGUGUAAGUCCUCUAUUUUAAAAAUGCUCAACAUGUCCAGAUAAUACAUAUAUGUUGGUUUUAGAUACUACUCUUGUAACAGGAAUAUGUUACAAAGUUUGUAAAGAAGGAUAUUAUCCAUCUGGUAAAUUUUGUGUUGAAUGUUUUUCUGGUUGUCAAUUUUGCACAUCUCCAACAGUUUGUCAAACUUGUAAAGCUGGAUUUUAUUUAUAUAAUGAUUUUUGUGUAGAGACAUGUCCAUCUAAAAUGUAUGCUAAUCAAUAUGUUUAAAAAUGUUUAAAAUGUAAUGAGGCUUGUAUUGAAUGUACUGGAGGAGAGAAUUACUAAUGUUUAACUUGUAGUGGAGGACUUUAACAAUAUUAAGGAAAAUGCUAUCCUAUUUGUCCAAUUGGAACAGUUGGAAUAAAUGGUAUUUGCGAAAAUUGUGCAUUUAAUUGUGAUAUUUGUGUAGGUACAAAUAUUUAUGAUUGUACAUAAUGCAGUACUUAAAAGUUUAUUUUAAAUGGAUAAUGUUAUGAGACAUGUCCUCCAUCAUAUCAAGGUGAUAUAACAACAUUUAAAUGUGAGUUUUGUAUAGAUAAUUGUGAAACAUGUAUAUCAAGUUCUUGUAAAUUAUGUUUAAGUGGAUAUUUCUUUUAAGAGGGUCAAUGUCUCUCUUCUUGUUUUGAUGGUUUUUAUAAAAAUAUUGAUAAUAGAAAAUGUUAACCAUGUAAUUUUGUUUGUAAAACAUGUACUGGUCCAGAUAUUGAUGAAUGUUUAACUUGUCCAAGUAGUUACUAUUUCUAUUUUAAUAAUUGUUUACCAGAAUGUCCAGAAGGAUAUUAUGGAGCAACAGGUCGAAUAUGUACAGCUUGUCAUUCUACUUGUUUGACAUGUUUUGGUAAUUAAUUAAAUAAUUGUAAUUCUUGUCCACUUACUUCAUACCUCUAUUAAUAAAAAUGUUUAACAACUUGUCCUGAUGGAACAUAUGCUUCAGAUAUUUAUUAAUCAUGUAUGCCUUGUCAUGCUACUUGUUUAACUUGUUAAGGAGGUUCAAGUUAUGAUUGUUUAACAUGUCCAGUGCUCAUUGAAAGAAUGCAAUGUGUAAUUGAAUGUAGUGGUGGAUACUCACAAACUGGAGUAGAAUGUCAUCCUACAGUAUAAAUUACUGUAAAUUGUGAUCCACAAUGUGCAACUUGUGCAUUAUAAGCAUCUAAUUGUGUUACAUGUUAACCAUCAAGAUAAUAAAAUAAACCAUAGUGUACUUGCUAAAAAGGCUUCUAUGAUGUUGGAGCAGCUGAUUGUUUACCUUGUCAACAUAAAUGUGCUACAUGCAAAAUUCAAGCUGAUAAUUGUUAAACUUGUAAAGGUAAUAGAUUUGGAGCAACUUGUAAUUGUCCAGACUAUUAUUAUGAAGAUGGACUCUCAUUGAAUUGUCCUAAAUGUGAUUAUAAAUGUGAAUUGUGUACAAAUAAUAUUUGUACAACAUGUGCAGAUAGAAGAAUAGAUUUACCUUCAUGUACAUGUCCAGUUGGAUUUUAUGAUAAUUUAACUCCAAUUUGUUAACCUUGUAGUAGUGUGUGUAAAACAUGUGUGGAUAUGGCAGAUAAAUGUGUAGAAUGUUCUGGAAUAAGAGAGAAUGCACCAUUUUGUACAUGUCCUUCUGGUUAUUUUGAUUUUUCAGAAUAAUGUUUGAAAUGUGCAUUUGAAUGUGUUGAAUGUGAUUCAAAUGGAUGUGUAAGUUGUUAAGGUAAUAUGAGUGGUCCAUUUGUUGGUAAAUGUAUAUGUAAAGAUGGAUAUUCUAGAAAGAGUAUAGGAUCUAUAUAUUGUACAAAUUGUAAUAUGGGUGUACCAUAUUCAAUAUUAAAAUCUGGAUUAAAUAAAAUAAAGAUAGAUUUCGGAGGACCUUUGGAUUUAGUCGAUGAAACAAAGACAGGUUGCGAUUAAUAUUUUUAGAGUUCCACUCUUUCAACAUUAGGAACAAGUCCAGAGUGUAGUAUAGAGGAAAGUUCAAUUAUAGUAACAUUGGGUAAGUAUGCUACAAUUAUAAUUGGACAUAAUUUUUCAUUUGGGAGUGGAUUUAAAUUAAAAAUAUGUUCAUCAGGUUUUCCUGAAUAUUAACCUAGUAGUUUGAUUAAAGAUCCCUCAGUAUCAGAUGAAGAGAAUCUGCCAUAUAUAACAUUUGUAGCCCAAUAACCAAAAACAAUUUGUGAGGCUGUAGUAAUAAAAUAUACUCUUGGUAAUACUGGAAGUAGAAAUUUAAAUAUAUUCAAUUGGGAAUUAACAUAACCUUAAAAUUAUGUGAAUGAUUAAUUAAAUACCGUAUUAAGUUCGAUAACUCCUUCUAAGACAUUUGAUAUGAAUAUAACAAUACCUAGAUUAGUAUUGAAACCAUUUACAACAUUUGGAUUCAAUAUUUAAUUAUAAAAUUUCUUAAAUUUAGAAGCAACUAAUACCUUUUUUGUUUAAACAUUAGGUCCUGCAUAAAUAGGUAUAUAAGAACCGGAAGAAUAGAAUACAUUUUAUAGAUAUGAAACCACUCUUCUGAAUUUUACAUUUGUAUACUCAAAUUGUACUCUAACUUCAGAGAUGACUGAAACAAUCCACAUAUAGAUAUAAUUGGAUUAGAAAAUAUUAUAAGAAUAGAGUGAGACUUAUUUUUUAUAGAUGAGUUCUGCAUUUGACUUUUAAAUUCCAAUAGAUCCUUAUAUUUUAUAGAUUGGAUCAAAUAAUAUUAGUGUUACUAUAACAGUACCAGCUUAAUCAUUAUCAACAAAUAUAUACAUGAAUUAAGAAAUAGCUGAAGGAACUUUAAUUGUAAAAGUUAAUGGUGGUAAUAGAUAAGUUGGAGAUGUAGCUACAGUUAUUUUAACAGCAUCAGUUAUAGAUUAAGAUCUUGAUCCUAAAGAAACAGAUACAUUCUAAUAUGAAUUUUCAUGGUCUUGUUUUGAUGUAUUGAAAGGUGCAGAUUGUUUAGAUUUAUAUGGAAAAUUAAUUAAAUAUCCUAAAGGGAAAUCUGUUGUUAUUUAAGCCAGUGAACUUACAUAAUAUAAUUCUUAUGUAUUUAGAGCUGAAACAAAGAAGGGCAAUAAAGAAGCAUCUGGAAAAUCAAUGAUUCAAAUUGUAGAAGUCGAUGUUCCUUAAUUAUAAUCUAGUAAUGAAAAAUAAGAAGCAGAAAUCGUUUAAUAAACCUAUAAUUAUUAUGAUGAAAUCUAAUUAUCCUUUUAAUAUGAAUCUGCUAAUCCUGAUAAUCUAUUUUAUUCAGCAACUAUAAUUUAUGAUUAAGUCUCUGUCAAAUCUUUUAAAUUCUAUAGUCUAACAUUUAAAUUUAGAUUACUUGAUUAUUUCACCAAACUUAAUUCUCUUCAAGGCAAUUAAAUUACCCUUAGAACAUCUGUGUAUAAUCCUACCUUUGUUAUGCCAUCAUUAAGAAGUAUUGUUUUAACAUAUAAUUUACCUCCCAAUAACUGUUCACUAAUCUUCAAUAAUCAAGAUCAGAUUAUUUAUGAAUUAAAAACCUAUGUUAAUAUCACUAUCGCUUAUUGUGAAGAUGAAGAUCUACCUUUAGAAUAUAAAGUAUUAUUCUACAAUGAUAAAGAUACAUAUGAUUAUGAUUUCUCUACUGGAAAAUAUAUCAAUAAUAUCAAUAUCUUAGAUUAUCAAUCCAAUAAUACAUUCCUAUUUCAAUUACCAUUCGUAGGUCCUCAACAAUCAUUCAAUUAAACAUCUUUUCUAUUAUUUAUGAUCAAAGACAAAAAAAAUGGAAUUUCUAAUCUUACUACACCAAUUAUAAUCACUAAAAAUUUUGAUAUUAAUUAAACAACUAUGGCUAAACUUAUUGAACAUGCUGAAACUCUAUAAGAUACACUCUAAGUCUAAGAUCUAAUUAUCAGUAGAGUUACUCAAAUGGAUAAUUACUCAUCAUUUAAAUAUGAUCUAAUUAGAAAAAAUGAUCUGAUAGCAUAAAAUGAUCUACCUAUUGAUAAAUAAAAUACUCUACUCUAUUAAAUGAUUCAAUUAAUUAAUGACAAAGAAGUCACCUCACAAUUCCAAGUUCAAUUAGAUUCACUGAAUACUUUUAAUUAAACUAUUCAAUCCAAUUUUUAAUAACUCAAAGCAUUACAAUAAGAUUCCUAAAGUACUUUAUAAUAAUUAAAUUAUAUCAACAAUUAUUAUAAAUACUUUGAUCUGUUCUCAUCACUCAUUUCAAACAAUCAAAACUUCAAUUCUACAAAUGAUUAAAUCUUAGGAUUCAUUGAUAACAUUAAAACAUAAUUAAUUGAUCUAACUAUCUUGAAUAGUGAAGGUUUUAAUAUUGAAAAUGAUUAAGCUAUUCUCUAAGUUAAAAAAGCUAGUUAUAAAAUUAUCAAUGAAAUCACUGGAAAUAUAUUAAAAGAAGAAUAAAUAUUUAGAUUAUUAUAAUCAACUUAAGAAUAGUCUAAUUUCUAGUAUUAUUUUAAUAAAUUCAUUGUAAAUCCAUACUUGAAUGAAGAAACCUUUCCAAAAAAUGAUUCAUUUGGAGCUGAAACUAUUUAUUUGAGAAUAGUAGAUGAAAACACUUAAUUAAAUGCAGUCAUGUUAUAACCCUUUUCUUAUACCUUUAUAGUCGAUGAAGAUUAUGGUAAUAAUAAAACUAUUUGUAUUUAAAAAUUAUUCGAUACUUGGACAUCAAAAGAUAUAGAAACUACACUUGUUAAUAAAACAGCUAUUUCUUGUAAAAUUUAAUUAUUUAAUCCAUUUACUAUUGUAAUAAAUAGUACUAUAAAUAAUAAUACUAAUACUAAUACAACAUAAACUCCUACAGAUUAAGAAGAUGAAUAAAAUUAAGAUGAAUAAAAUUAAGACGAGUAAAAUUAAGACGAAUAAAAUUAAGACGAAUAAAAUUAAGAUGAGUUAAAUUAAGAUGAAUAAAAUACUAAUAAUUAAACUCAAAAUGGAACUUAGAGUUCAGAUUUAGAUAGUAAAUCAGGAAUAUUAUUACUAUCUGAACCUUUCUUUAUUUAUUUAAUUUCAAUAGGAAGUUUAACAAUAUUAUUAGCAUUCUUUGCUCAUUAUAAAGAUACUUAAUAUGCAAAAGUUUAUAAUCAUAAAAAAUCACAAUCUGAAAUUGUUAUAACCAAUUAAAAGGAUGAGACUCCUGAUAUGAAAAAGAGUGAAAUAUUUACUUAUAAAGAAAAAGUAAAUAAUUAUGAUUAGUCUUCGCCAUCAUUAACCAAUAUACCGAAGCCUGCAACAUUAAAGAGAUUAAAGUUGAUAAUAUUUAAUUUCCAUACUUUAGGAAGUAUCUUCUAUAGAGAUGAAGCAUACAGAAAGAUCACUUAUUUCAAUUAUGUUUUAAGGUUCUUUUUCAUUCAAUUAUCAGUCUUUAUAACAUAUAUCUACUUUUAAUUUGAUUAUCAAUUAGCUUUAGUAUUUUUACUAGGUCCAUUUGCUUUUUCAAUUUAUACUUUUUUAAUGAACACUUCAAUUGAAAAUAAAAUGAUUAUUGGAUUAAAGAUUUUUGUGACUAUAAUAUCACUUGGAACGAUUGGAUUAGCAAUUUAUAGAAUAGUUGAUUUCAUAACAGAUGAUAAUGAAUACAAUUUAACUAGAAUUACUUAUUUCUUGGUGGGUUCUAUUGUUUAUGAUAAUCUAGUAUAUAAUAUGAUGAUUAUUAUGAUCAUCUUUUUGAUGACAAUUAAAGAAGGAGGUAUUUCCCUUUGGAUACUGAAAUUCAUGUAAAAAAGUGAUCAAGAAUAAAUUAUGCUUAAUUAUCCUAAUGUGGAUGCAAUCAAGCAACAAUGAAUAGAAUAG